UCGGCGAUAUCGUGAUUGAGGAGUCCUAUUACCACAAGCUCAUCCUUAUGUGCCCCCAUUCUGGAAGAAUUGUUCAUACAUAACGAUGGCGAAUCACACCCGCCGAGUUGGAUUGGAUUUGCGCCAUGUCGUACUUUGAAGCGACUUGUGAUUUAUUACGUCGUUCCACCCGAGUAUAAAGAUGUUUACGAUGAUCAAGAAGUUUGCAUCGGUUGUCCAGAAAACCUUGUCUACUUUGAAUUUUCUAGUUAUGUCCAUGAUGUUUAUAAUGAUGGUGGCGAGAUGGAGUCGCUUGUCGAAGCUAGACUAGAUCUUCGAUUAUUGGAGUCAACUACCAGUUUUGAUGAUUAUACCGAGACAGGUGAGUAUAAUGAUUUGCUUGUAGUGAAUGGUUUUGAUGAUAUCUUUGGUGAUGCCACAAUCCUGCUUUUGAGAAUGGCCAGUUACGUAAAGAUCCUCCACUUGUCUGCUUAUUCUCUUGAGGCGCUUCAUUUCGGCUGCAAAUUGAUCUUCACAUUCGACAAGGAUAAAAGCUGGCAAGUUCUGCCACGUCUGCUCAGAAAGACCCCAGCUACAAAAUUUAGUCAUCAAGGGUCGACUCUUGCAUCGAGUAACAGGUAGAUGUGGAGAUGUGUGCCCUUGCUAUCAUCGUCCCAAACGUAAGGGAGUGAUUGAUUGGCGAAAAGAGAAAAUGUCUUGCUUACCGUAUCUUCCACUGAAGGUGCUAGAGAUCUCAGGAUACGGAGGAACUUGUAGAGAGAUUGAACAGAUGGAGUUUUUUUUGGGAGGCCUGCAAUACCUCGAACUCGUGAAAAUUGGUGUUCAACCAGAGUCAGACUGUAACAAGUUGAGAUCGAACCUAAUGAGAUUUCCCAGAUUCUCAUCCAAGUGCAACAUCCAGUUCAUCUGAAUUUCUAUCUCACUCUUGAUGACAAGUUGGGAAAUAGCUCUCCUUGCUAUGUUCACAUGAUAACAAUGUUCACAUUUUAU